AUGCCAAAAUUCGUCGUGCAGAGGUCUCUGUACGAGGUCCGCGAGACGCCGUCCCGGGUCUAUUCUUGGCAAGUGUUUGUGCUGUCCCACAUCGUCGUUGAGAUCCCGUGGCAGAUCCUGGUUGGUGUUUGCUGCUAUGCAUCGUUCUACUAUCCCGUUUUCGGUGUCAAUACCCCGUCUGGGAGCAAGGGCCUAGUGUUGCUAUUCGUCGUCCAGUUUUACGUCUACGCCGCCAGCAUGGCCCAGAUGGUCAUCGCCUCCAAUAACGAUCCGCUCCUGGGUGCCAUUCUCGCCAUAUUCAUGUUCGCUUUGUCUUUUAUCUUCAGCGGCGUUCUACAGCCGCCUUCGGCUCUUCCAGGCUUCUGGAUCUUCAUGUACAACGUGUCGCCAUUUACCUACUACGUUGGUGGUAUCAGCGGCACUGCACUCCGUGGCCGACAAGUCAUUUGUUCACAGGCAGAGCUCAGCGUGUUCAACCCGCCAACAGAUUACACUUGUGGCCAGUACAUGGGCCCUUACCUGCAGGUGGCUCCUGGAAAGCUCAAUAACCCUGAUGUUAUGUCCGGUUGUGAGUACUGUUCUAUAUCCUACGCCGACCAAAAUCUGUCCGCACGUGAGAUAUCCUACUGA